AUGCAAUUCUUAGCCAGUGUGCUUUGUUUGAUUGCUACUGCAGCUCAAGUUAUUGAUGCCACAGAAAUUUACAGUUGUAACGCUACCGUCUCCUGUCCUGAAGAAUUCCCAUGUUGUUCCCAAUACGGCCAAUGUGGUACCGGUGAAUACUGUAUCGCUAACUGUAACCCAAUUUUCUCAUAUGAAUACGAUGCCUGUCUACCUGGACCUGUCUGUAAGGAUAUCUCUACCAAAUUUGACAAUUAUACUUCUAAAGUUGCUAACAUUAAUACCUAUCUAGGUAACGCAAAUGACGCCGACUGGUUAUACACUGGUACAAUCUUAGAUUAUGACGACGAAGGUUCCAUGAUCCUUGCUAUGCCAAAGAACUCAGGUGGUAGUGUCUUGACUUCCUCUAGAGAUAUCUGGUACGGUAAGAUCAGUGCUCGUUUAAAGAGUUCUCAUUUGGCUGGUGUUAUUACCGCUUUCAUUAUCUUCUCCGGUGUUCAAGAUGAAUUUGAUUUCGAAUGGGUAGGUGCCGAUCUAAACACAGUCCAAACCAAUUACUACUGGCAAGGUGUUUUGGACUAUCAUAACAGUGCCAAUAUUUCCACCAAUGACACAUUUGAUAGUUACCACACUUAUGAAAUUGACUGGCAUGAAGAUUACACUACUUGGUCCAUUGAUGGUGUCAUUGGUAGAACUUUGUUUAGGAAUGAAACUUGGAAUGAAACUUUACAAGCUUAUAAGUAUCCUCAAACUCCAUCUAGAAUUCAGUUGUCUAUCUGGCCAGGUGGUAAUGUUACCAACGCUCCAGGUACAAUUGCUUGGGCUGGGGGUGAAAUCGACUGGAAUGCAGAUGAUAUCACUGAUCCAGGUUAUUACUAUGCCAUUGUUAAUGAAAUCAAUGUUACUUGUUACGAUGCGCCAAGUGGUACUUCUCAAAAUGGUUCCGAUUCUUACAUUUAUAAGAAUGGUAAAGGUUUCCUACAGGAAGAUGUUAUGAUCUCAAACAAGAGAUUCUAUUUGGAUACUGACGAAGGUACUGGUCUAAACAUUACUGCAGGUGCUACAACUAGUUCAACUGUAUCUUCUAGUUCAACUUCUCACAACUCUACAUCUUCUGAAUCUAGCACAUCUCAUAUUUCUACUUCAAUUACCUCAAGUACAUCCCACAAUUCUUCCUCUACUAUAACCUCUACUGCCUACCAGAAUUCUUCUUCCACUGGCGAUCAUUCUAGUGCGUCUAUUACAUCAGUAUCGAAGAGUUCUUCCUCUCAUAGUUCAUCCAGAAGUACAAAGACCAGUUCUUCAACUACAUCUAGACUUGCAUCUGCCAAUUCUGGUUCUUUGUUGUCAUUUAACAACAUUAUCAUUUUCUUCAGUGCGUUAGGUCUUUUACUAUAG